GUGAUGGGUAUGCAGUUUGAUGUUCGAUUAAGCUGCUAUGGUUACAGCGUGUCAACCUGUAAAAAAUCGAUUUUUACCGUAUCAUGCAGAUAUAGAGUGUAUACAUAUAUCGUACAUUGCUCGAGAGACAACAAGCUGCCCGCGUGCGUCUCUAAUCAGGAAGUAAGCCGACUAAAGCAUGUCAGCAUAUAGAUGCUCAUUUUUAGGACUGAGGACUGAAUUAUCCAUGGGAGACACGUCAGGUCAAGGUGGCAUUUUUUCUACCAGACGUUGUUGACAGAUAAAGUCGCUACUUUAGUCGACGACGUCUCGGCCACCGCGGGAAUGCAUAUCUAUUCACAUAGGACAAGCGGGCGUGCAAAUGGGAAAUGCCUGCUGGGAGCUCUACUGUUUGGAACAUGGUAUCCAUCCAAAUGGACAGAUGCCCAGCGACACUACCGUAGGAUACGGAGAUGAUUCUUUUAACGCGUUUUUCUCCGAGACAGGUUCGGGGAAACAUGUCCCACGAGCAGUUCUAGUCGAUCUUGAACCAACGGUGGUGGACGAGGUGCGUACGGGUACUUACAAGCAAUUGUUCCAUCCGGAGCAAAUGAUUACUGGCAAGGAAGAUGCGGCUAAUAAUUAUGCGAGGGGUCAUUAUACAAUAGGAAAAGAGAUCAUAGAUCUUACCCUAGACAGAAUACGCAGAUUAACAGAGCAAUGUAAAGGCCUACAAGGGUUUUUAAUCUUCCAUUCAUUUGGCGGUGGCACAGGAUCCGGAUUUUCGAGUCUGCUCAUGGAACAAUUAUCCGCCGAUUAUCCGAAGAAAAGUAAAUUGACUUUUAGCAUUUAUCCGGCACCACAGGUGUCAACUGCAGUAGUGGAACCCUAUAAUGCAAUUCUGUACACCCAUCCUACCUUAGAGCAUAGCGAAGUGGCUUUCAUUGUAGAUAAUCAGGCCAUUUAUGAACUGUGUAGGAGAAACUUAAAUAUUGAUCGUCCGACUUAUACGAAUCUGAAUCGAUUGAUUGGACAAAUAGUCUCAUCUAUCACUGCCAGUUUGCGAUUCGAUGGAGCCCUGAAUGUCGAUCUUACUGAAUUCCAGACGAAUUUAGUGCCUUAUCCACGUAUUCACUUCCCGCUCGCUACAUAUGCUCCCGUUCUAUCAGCGGAGAAGGCUAGUCACGAGAGAGUGACUGUUGCAGAGAUAACAAACUCCUGCUUUGAGCCAAAUCACCAAAUGGUGAAUUGCGAUCCACGUAUGGGAAAAUAUAUGGCGGUAUGUUUAUUGUAUAGGGGCGAUGUGGUACCUAAGGAUGUAAACGCGGCGAUCGCAACAAUAAAGCGUCAAAAACAUGUGCAAUUCGUCGAGUGGUGCCCGACAGGGUUUAAGGUGGGAAUAAAUUAUCAGCCACCUACCGUCGUACCGGGUGGUGAUCUUGCACGAGUGGAAAGAGCAGUGUGCUGUCUCUGCAACACAACGGCAAUUGUGGAUGCGUGGGCUCGACUCGACCAUAAGUUUGAUCUCAUGUAUGCCAAACGAGCUUUUGUACAUUGGUUUGUUGGGGAAGGCAUGGAGGAGGGUGAAUUCUCGGAAGCUCGGGAAGAUCUAGCCGCCUUGGAGCUUGAUUAUCGUGAAGUGCAAGAAGAUGCCGUUAAUACCGAGGAAGAAGAGGAGUAUUAAGCUCGCCAUCACUAUAAAUUCGAUACUAAUAUAUGUUAUAAAAUUCUAUCGCUUAUGUCACAUGUUUCGGAGUUCUUUGAUUUACAUUACCUAUCGUCAUUGGCGAUACUCCUACAGAUGAAUUAUGUCCUUACAAAUAAAUUAUUUGUACAUUC